AUGGCUUCAAGUAAAGUAAGAAUUAACGUAUCUAAAACCAUCCAAUUAGAACUUGAGGAUAAAUUGUCAGACAUUCGUGAAAAGCUUAAAAAAGAUGGCACUAUUAAAAUGAAUGAUACAUUAUUAUUUUCAAAAAAUUUCUAUAAUAAAGAUAAAUUUGAGUUGACCGCAAUAUCGCGUGAAAAUGAGAAAGAAAUAACUUUGAAUAACAUUAUCGAAGAGGCUUCGAACGAUAACGAAACUUCAUUUACCUUAAGUUUAAUAGAAACCUCAAGACCAUAUUGGAAGUUCUUGAAUGAACGACAUAAAUUAGAUUUUGGAUGUACAAUGACUUCUAACGGGAUUAAAAGAGCGAAUCAAAGAGCUUUUAAAAUGGAAGCAUGUCAACUGGCUGAAAUUGACAUUAAAAAAGAUGAAAUGGCGAAAUUUAAUUCAUUAGAAGAUUGGAUGAUAAAGAAAAAUCUGUUUUUUUUUUCCGAUAUGAAUGUAAAAUAUUUUGCAAAAAUAGGAAAAAAAUAUGAAAAUUACGAAAGUGAUAUUGAAGAUACUUUAAAUAAAUAUCGAGUAUAUAAAAAAGCAUCUAUUAGAAUUGGUAAUUUAAAAGCGACAGCUGAUUUUAUUAAAAAA